GUGAUUCAAAACUAGUUUCGUUUCGUUUCGCUUUGCCGGUAGCGUUGGUCUUUCUGAGAGUAAGGUUGUGAAUAAUUAAUCAACCUUGUGUUUCUGAUUCAGAAUGUUGCAAAGAUGGAGCAAAGCGAUUACUCCAAUCUCCAAGUUUGGAUCUCAGAGUUGUUUGAAAUCUGUUUGUUGUGGAACGCGCCUGAGCUACGCCACGGUUGCACCCGCGGCCGCGCCAACGGUGGAGGACAAACCUGAACCCGUGGUUAACCUAGACAAAAUGUUUUGGUCUAAGCCCUGUUCGCUGGCCCUGGCUCCUGAUUCGCCGCGGAAAGUUCAUGAGCCAAAUUACCAGGGCAUCAAGCGUUUCAUGCUCACACUGAUGAUGUUUUAUAGUAAGCAGAGCAAGUCAAUUCGAGGGGCUAAUGUUGUAUACCGAAGAAUCAUUUCACAAGUUGAUAAACCUCCCAUUUAUGAAGUGUUUAACUUGGAGAAAACAUUCAAAACAACAUUUUCUUUACUUGUACUUCAUAUGUGGUUAUGUUUGCGGCGCUUGAAACAAGAGGGAAAGGAGGGCGUUGAAUUUGGGCAGUACCUUUAUGAGAUUUACAAUCACGAUGUGGAGCUAAGGGUGUCCAAAGCUGGAGUUAACCUACUAUUGACUAAGUGGAUGAAGGAGCUCGAGAAGAUUUUUUAUGGUAACAUCAUUGCAUAUGAUGCUGCCAUGCUUCCAGAAGCUAAACCGGGUGAUUUCUCAAAUGUUAUAUGGAGAAAUAUAUUCUCUGAUGAUGGUUCUUCAACACCAGAAGAUGCUGCAUCUCAGUCAGUGCAGGCAUUGGCCAGGUAUGCUCACCGGGAAGCAAGUUGCAUGACUUUAACAGAUAAAGAAGCACUGUUUUCAGGGAAUUUCAUGUUUACCUCUUUGAAGCACGUGAACAGAAGUGGAAAGGGGCGCCAAUGAUUAAGUAAUGAUUUCAAAUUUUUUGAUUAAUCAAAUCAAAAUUACAUUAUGGCGUUCUUAAUUUUUUUACAAAAAAUUGUUAAAUAAUUAUGGCAAAAGUUUGUAUACAGAGGCUUUAUACUUGAUUAGCUUGGUGUCGAGAAACAAGAAUUUCCAUAUUCAUGCUCUGUAAAACUAGUAAAGAA